GCAAAAAGGAAGAGGAGGAGCCACCAAACCCCAGAACCCGCAAGAGAAAGAGAGAGAGAGAGAGAUCAGAGGAGGAGAGGAGAGCGGCGGCGAGGAGCAAUCAUGGCGAUGGCCGCCUCCAGGUCGCUCUGGGCUUCCCGCGCCGCCUCCUACCUCAAGAUCUCAGCUUUCCCGAGGGCCUUCUCCACCGUGCUGAAGGAUCUGAAGUAUGCUGACACUCAUGAAUGGGUUAAGGUUGAAGGGGAUUCAGCAACCGUCGGGAUUACAGACCACGCUCAGCACCACUUGGGCGAUGUUGUGUAUGUUGAGCUUCCGGAAGUUGGGAGCAGUGUGUCCCAGGGAAAGAACUUUGGUGCUGUUGAAAGUGUGAAGGCAACCAGUGAUAUCAACUCGCCAGUAUCUGGAGAGGUGGUCGCCGUGAACGAUGUGCUAAGCGAUGAACCUGGAUUGGUCAAUACAAGUCCAUAUGAGAGUGGGUGGAUUAUCAAGGUCAAAGUUAGCGAUUCAGGUGAGCUCAAUUCGCUGAUGGAUGAUGGCAAGUACUCAAAAUUCUGCGAGGAAGAAGACAGUAAGCAUUGAACAAAUACGAGUGACUUCUGAUCAGCAAGAAUGGGUCUUGACCCUUGUCAAUUCUUGCGAUGUCCUAUGGAUCAAUUAUCUUCUUUCACCUGCUGCUCAAAUCAGCGCAGAUCUACACAAUGAAAUAAAUUAGUGUUGGCAUUGCCUCUUCUACAAAGGCAUUGCAAAAUUCGAACCUGUAAAUGACAUGAGUUUCGUUAUUUUCUUUUGUAGUAAUGUGUGAUUUCAUCUUCAAUUAUAGCUCUGCAUGUCCCAUUUGUCUCUGAAUAAUGUGCUUCGUUUAUUUCUGAA